AAUGUCGUUGGCGGCGGCGGCGGCGGCGGCGGCGGUGCGCGGCCCGUCGGCGACUCAGUAGAGGCCGGCUCCUCGUGGCAGUCGUGCGGGCCGACGGCCGCUCCCCAGCGCCGGGCUCGUGGCCAGCUGCCGCCCAGAGCCGCGAGUGGGGACAGUCGGACCGACAGCGGAGAGCGGCGGACACGCUGGCUGACUGACCUGUGGCACGAGGAGUGUGACCUGAGGCAGCGCAGAGGUCACAGGUGAAUCACAGACCGGAAGAGUGUCGCACCUAGUCUGAACGGAUUGUCGAGUCAAUCCCAGUGACUGCUGCUGACUGGUGACCGGUCAGGGAGCGACCCAGUGACCUGUAAGAGGUCAGGGAGUGACCCAGUGACCUGCAAGAGGUCAGGGAGUGACCCAGUGACCAGUAAGAGGUCAGGGAGUGACCCAGUGACCUGUAAGAGGUCAGGAAGUGACCCGCUGACAGGUGACCGGUUAGGACCGACGUGACUCAGUGACUUGUGGAUGAUCGAAAAGUGAUUCAUUGACCUUUGACUGGUCAUGGGACUGCCUCAGUAACCCACAAGCCCACACCAUGCUGGCAGAGCCAUUCGAUCUUUCUCCGCCUUUAGGCGCGCUCGUCCGACUUCAAAACGCCACAGCAAACAGUGCCUGCGCCACUGAAGAAGACCUCAAACAUUGGGCGACCGAUAUGGUUAGGGUGGUCUGCUGCACGGUAGCCGUGCUCGGCGGCGCCGGCAACCUUCUGACGCUGUGCGCCGUGCCGUACGCCAGCCGCUGCUGCCGCGCGCCGCUAGAGGUCAAGCGGCUGCGCUUCAGCACGGCCACCGUGUUCAUCCUGAACCUGGCCGUGGCCGACCUGCUCUACUGCCUGGUCAACCUGCCGCUCUACUACUCGCAGUACACGAGCCCGGAGGUGUGGAUGAACUCGACGGCCGGCUGCCAGGCUGCCGGGCUACUGCGGUAUACCAACGCUGCUGCCGACUGGAUGUCACUGGCAGGAAUAGCGUUCAACAGAUGCGUGUGUCUGCUCAGCUUCAAGUGGAAGGGCCGCAUCUUUGGAGGCUGGAAAAGCUAUCUCAUCAUUGUGCUCAUCUGGCUCUACGGCUUUUUGACACAAGGACUAUCAAUUUUCGGGGUGUACGGCAAAUAUGGCUGGAGUGACGAGACCCACAAGUGCGACUUUCUGAACACGACUCCCGACACGCAGCCCCGCUCCAACUGGUUCCUCAUCUCCUGGUCCAUCCCCUGUGUCAUCAUCGUCGUCAGCUACUCACUGAUCUUCAUCAAGGUCAAACAGUCCGGCCGCAGCAUCCUCAUGAAAAACCAUAGUAUGGAUUACGUGCAGGCUCUGGUGAAGACGCGCGAGGACAAGACGUCCCGCAUGAUCUUCGUCGUGUUCAUCACCUACUGCGUGUGCGUGCUGCCCAUCACCGUCAUGAACGUGGCCGAUCCUGAGAACUGUUACCCCUACUUGAGUCUCGUCUUCUACUGCGUCUACUGGCUCCAGUACUGCUGCAACAACGUCAUCUACGUCAUGAGCAACAGCGUCUACCGGCAGGCCUACAUCAUCUUCCUGACGGAGGUGUGUCCGCCGCUGAAGAGGUUCCUGCACCAGCCUGCGCCGUGGCAGGCGGCGCGCCAGAGCACCGUGACCACGAUCGCCGGGUUCCGGUCGCAGUCGACACACAGUGUGCUGGAGGCGGCACGUCGACUCCGACACGCCGACUCCGUGGUCAGCCAGACGGCGGUCAGUGGCGACUCGGUGAGUCGGGACGGGCCGCUGAGCUCUCCAAGCAGCCCGCCCACCGCCAGCAGCGAGUCCCCGGGUAGUGAGAGCAGCUGCCGCAUGGAGGGGGGCGUGGCACGACGCGUCGGCCCGCGCAAGACCCGGCCGCCCCCUCCGCGACGUUCCGUGUCGCUGGAGCGCUGCUGUGAGGACGAGGUCACGUUCGAGUCCGAGCAGCGGCCCCCGCUGACUGUCCGGCUCCGCAGGCGGCUGGCCGGCCGCCGGCGCAGUCUGCCGCUGGAGAAGCCGACCGGUCCGCUGCCCGCCUGGUGGGCCCUCGACGACUCCACCUGGCUCUGGUACUACUGUGACACCAUCGCUGCUACCGUAUCCAGGAGACUGGCCUCGGCCAGCGAGCGGCGGCCGCAUCUCGACAAGAGGAGCCUGUUCAGUCGGAAACGGUCCAUGUCGUUCUGAAGCUGUCGUGAUACUCUUUCUGCUGUCUACACGGGUGUAAGCAUUCCAGUGAUAUCGUUAAGUGUUUGUAAAGUGCUUUGUUUCGCAGACGCGGGCGUCUGUGCCAUAAUUGUAGGUCCUCAAUUACUGAAGAGCGCAGAAAACGUGCCGUAAUUAUCAGGUUCGGAUGCAUCAUCGAGCCAGUUAAAGAACGUCAGGGAGAAAAACAAGCACCCGGUCAGGUUGUAUGUGGAUAAGGAUAUGCUGCGCUGUGUUUAAGGCUGGUAGUGGGACUGAAGGCAGGUAUACUCAGCGCACAAUGGUGAGGCCGUUUUAUUAUAAUUGUCCGUGGGUAUUUCACUUGCGUCAUUAUCGAGCGCACAUACACGUAUUUUUACGUGCUAAAUGAUGCUGAUUAGCGUUUGAAGCUCUCUGUGUUACAAAUCAAGCAAACCCGCAAUUGACGAUAGGAUGUGCAUUGUGUUACGAGAAGGUAAAUGAGAGAGAGAGAGAGAGAGAGAGAGAGAGAGAGAGAGAGAGAGAGAGAGAGAGAGAGAGAGAGAGAGAGGGAGGGAGAGAGAGAGAGGGAGAGAGUCGAGAC